AUGAUUUCGCUGACUCAGCAGGUCAACGCAGUCAGAUUGGAUACGCAUAAAUCAGAUACAUUUGAGCAGAAUGACCUUGUCCUCGACAAUUCUGGAGCCGUUUUGUCUGGAAGUCGUGAUGCUCUCAUCCGUCGAUUAGUUCCCACUCGAGACUUUUGUCCAGACGAAGCGUACAUCUUCUCACUUCUAGUCAACAUUCGAACGUUUAUCUCUCCCCAUGAAUUGAUGCAAAAAAUUGUUCAGUAUUGCAUGUUCGCUCAAAAUGCCGACUCUCACAAUUUUGCGAAGGAAGGAAGAGGACGAAUGUUCGCUCAUAUUCUGAGGUUAUGCAGUGAAUGGGCAACAAAUAUACCUUAUGACUUUAAAACGGAAUAUAUGAGAACAAGACUGAAUGAGCUGCUUCGGUUAUGUGCAGUGGACAAAACAUACCAGCAAAAAACGACAGACUUGCAGGCAACAUUAAGAUCAUCUCUAAACAAGCUCGAUAGGUAUGAAAAAGCUGUUGCCAACCUCCAAAAAGCGUUAUCUGAAAAUACAACUCUUCCAGAACAAUCUGAUAGCAUGACCGGAUUGUUUCUAAUGUGCAAUGAUGCCAAAACAGUAGCCCAACAAUUGACACAUAUUGAAAUGGAGAGAUUCAGUAUGGUUGGAGUAGAUGAGAUUGUUCAGAGUCUUGCUUCGGAUCCGCUAUCAGAAAUCGGAAGGCAUUCAAAGAAUAAAGAAGGAGUUAUCAGUUCAAUUUCAUUUUAUAUUGAAUGGUUCAAUCGAUUAUCUGCAUUUGCAGCUAUCGAAGUUCUCAAACAAACCAAGAAACGAAAUCGAGUAGCAGUUUUUGAAUUCAUGAUUGAUAUUGCGAAAGAGUGUUGUGAAAUUGGAAAUUUCAAUUCAAUGAUGGCAAUUGUUGCUGGUUUAUCACUUCCUGCAGUUAGUAGGCUGAAGAAAACAUGGUGUCGAGUUGAAAAAUCAAAACUGGAAAUACUACAGCAUCAACUGGAUCCUUCUGGAAACUUUUUGAGUUAUCGUGCGACUAUUAAAGCAGCACAAUGGAGAGCUGAUAGCGCAAGAGGAAAUCAACCGAAAAUCGUGAUUCCCUUCUUUGUACUUCUCCUCAAAGAUCUCUUCUUGAUCUACCACGGACAUCCGAGAAUUCUUCCUAACGCUCAUCUCAACUUUAUGGCAUUCAAUCAGUUGGCAGAGCAGUUGAGGGAUGUGAUCCAAUGGAAAUCAACAAUUUGUACAUUUGAAAAAAAUCCACAAGUUCUACAGUAUCUUCUGAUAACCGCAGUUUCUGGUGAAAAAGAUUCAAUGCUAAUGUCAUUCGAAUGUGAACCACCUGAGUCAUCAUCAGAACGAGAACAACACAAAAAGCUAAGAGGCGGAAAAUAA